ACUCAGAGUUUGUCACUAUUAUGUAACCAUAUCAUGUUUUUUUCUGGCAUGAGCCCGCAGCGCCACCGUGAGGCCAAGACGGCGUAACGUCGGCUGGGCUGGGCGGCCAGCUCUCGGAGAGCAGGACGAGCAGCUCCAGGUUGGUGCUGAAAUCAAGUGCAUUUCGGAUGGUUUUCAUCCUCGCACAGCAGCUGCAGGAUGCAAUAAAGGUCUAAGGUGGUCUUGAAGGGCAGAUAUGAGUCUGACAUCCUGGUUCCUGGUGAGUGGCGGGGGGACACGCCAUCGUCUCCCCAGAGAAAUGAUCUUUGUGGGAAGGGACGACUGUGAACUCAUGCUGCAGUCCCGCAGUGUUGACAAACAACAUGCUGUCAUCAACUAUGAGGAAGAUACAGAUGAACACAAAGUUAAGGACCUGGGAAGCUUGAAUGGGACUUUUGUCAAUGAUGUGAGAAUAGAGGAGCAAAUGUAUGUCACACUGAAGAUCGAUGACAAAUUGAGGUUUGGUUACGAUACUAACUUGUUCACUGUGGUUCGUGGAGAGCUACAUAUCCCAGAGGAGGCCUUAAAGCAUGAGAAGUUCAGCAGCCAGCUUCAGCUCAGUCAGCUCAGGAGGCCUGUGGAGGGGGAGUCGUCAAAAUCAGAAGGCAAACCCCCUGAGGCGGCGGCACCACAGUGUGAGGGAUCCUCUGCUAACCCACCGGAGCCCAGCAGGGCAGAGGAAAAGAUGACAGGGGAUGUAGCAGUGUUACACAGGGGAACACCCCUAUACGGACAACCUGCCUGGUGGGGAGAUGGAGACAAUGACCAACACCCUGGAAGGCCUGCAGAAAAGAAUUUGAAGCGGGAUAAAGCUCAAACUGACACCAAGAAGAGUGCAGAAAUGUCAAAGUCUGCCAAGCAAAUAACCUCUACUCAGGAGCCAAGCUACUUUGAAAUCCCCACAAAGGAUGCUCCAUCAGCGGGUAAAUCUAGUGCUGAGGGAGCAUCCCAAGACCAACAGGUUGGUUCUUCCUCCACUGCAGAGACUGUCCAUGGGCAUGCUUCCUUCACCAUUGAAUUUGAUGCUGGAGCAUCAAGCAAAGUGACGGUAAAAGAUCGCGUGGCAAAAUUGGCCCUAGACACAAGACCACGCCCAAAAAAGGGCGUGGGGGAGGAGCUGAGUCCACUUCAGACAGCCAUGGUGGCAUCAGAGGUCAAAGUUGCAGAUUGGCUGGCCCAAAAUGAGCUGCCUUUGACUCUCAAAGAAACAGCUGCAGAAGAUGGCGGAGAAAGUGUGAAGAGCGAUAUACCUGUACAGCUGAGGAGUCUGAAGGACAGCAAACAUGAGGAUGGAACACAGAGUGACUCAGAGAAUGCACUUGGUGAGCAACGCAGGGCUGCUGCACUGGAGGAGCGUACAUGGGGCCUUUGGAGCGGAGCAGGAAUGAAGAUCAGGGAAGGGCGAGCUAAUGUUCCAGAGGGGCUCUUUGCAGAAGAAGAAAGCCCUGCACGCCGUCGUAGGUCUUCAAGUACAAAAGUGGCAAUUAGCUUUAUGGAAAGGCAACAUGGUGGUGCGCCACAUCAGCAAAGUAGUCAAGAUGAGUGCUACCACCACGGAGAUGACUGUAGUGACAGAGGGACAUACACCAUUGAGCUGGAAAAUGGAGAUCAAGAAGAAGAAGAGGCUAGAAAAAUGAUUGACAAGGUUUUUGGUGUCGAUGAAACUGUGCAUGUGUCCGGAGGGGACAGUACAGAGCUACGAGAGACCCUCCACUCCCAGAGGUCUGCUACCAGAGACUGUGGGCCUGUAUGCAUAGAAACAGAGGUUCUGCCUGAGGAGCUGGUGGUGGGCGGUCCUCGUUGGGUCUCACAGUGGGCAAUUCUUGCUGCCAGCCACAUUCGGACAGACCCAGAGGGAUCGGGUGGCGAGAGUCACAGUUUAGUUAUGGACAAAGAAGUAAGUGAAUCCAGCCAUUCCUUCGACUCAUCUUGUCAAAAAGAACGAAAAAGGACUCUGCCGCAGGUGCCUGGUGAAGAGGUUGCACAUGUAAGGAGGACCCCAAUGUGCACAGAUUUGGGAGAGAAACAGGACACAGAACUGCAAGAGAAGGAGAACCAGGAAGAGAAGAUAGCUAGGGGGAAGAAUGUGCCUGGUCAUGGCAGUCCUUGUCGCUCCUCGCCAGCCAGGUCGCAGGACAGUAGUAGAAGAAGCCAGUCAGAGGCAAUGGCUAAGCUACCCCCUCGUCCAAGGACUAGUGGAGAGAGGAGAAAAGAGGCGGUACAGAGGAGAAAAAAAGAAGAACAGAAGAACCGAGACAGUGGUGGAAAACCUUUUUUGAGACAGGAGAGUUUCACUGUGGAGAAAUCAAGCUCCAAUGUGCCCAUUGAGCUGAUUCCUCGCAUUGAUGGACUCACAGGUAGCAGACCUCCGAGUCAGGGGGCUGGUAUGGACAGUGUCACACUACAGAAAGACUCUGAGGCAGUGGCAGCAUUUUUAGAGAGCACCAUAUCAGAUCAAGGGGAUCCACCAAGUCAGUCUAUUGAAGGUUCCAUGUCUCCCGAGUCAGAUGUGGACACAACUAGUACAGUAAGCCAGGCCGAUGGAGCUAGGAAAGUGGUUCAAAAACGGCGCAUUCUAGUGGGACAUCAAAAAGACAAAACAGUGGUUUGCUCCAACAAUAAAGGCUUAAAUGUGGACAAAAGGGUUAAGACCAGAACAUCUGGCCCUGCGCAGCCGUGGACGUCUCUGGACCUCACAGAUGAUGAUGUCAAUUCUAACUCACUUCUCUCUGACACGCAGCCCACUUCCACACAGGAAACCCGAGGUUCACGUGCUAGAGCCCUGGCAGGAAGCACAACAGUGGGGGUCAGCACCAAAUCGAGUAGGGCUAAGACCACCCAGCCCCCUGCUUCUGUCCCAGCCUGUAAAACCACAGGUGUCCCAAAACCAAGACCAACAAGGUCAUCCUUACUGAGGAGAGCUCGGCUAGGGGACUCCACCGACACCGAACCUGCUGAUCUGGACAAGAUGUCUGUGGCCUCUGAGGCCUCAACCACUAGUUCCACAUCCAGAACAGGGAUGGUAAAAAGGGGAAUGUCUAGGAUAGAGGCUCUGGCACAGCCGAGGAGGCCAAGGGUUGGCUCACCUUCUGCCCAGAGUGACUCUGAAGCCACUGUGACCAGGAAUAGAGGAUUUGGAACAAGAAGUACUGUUGGUGAGUUUGCUAUUCGACAAGGACUAAGAGGGUGCAAUGUGUCCUCAGUAGCUGGACCCAGAGCUAGAGCUAACAGUGCCUCCAAACUGCCAGAUAAAAGUAAAGCCCCCUCCUCACAUGGACACGUCACACCAGCAGUCAACACUCGAUGGCGCCGUGUGCCUGUAGACUAUGCCUCCACCUCAGAGGAUGAGUAUGGUUCCAACCGCCAUAUGUCUAAACAGGGCAAUGCACGGUUGGUACCUUCCACACGGGUGGCCCAGCUAGGUGGCUCAGGGCCAAGUGCUCCUAAUCCUGCUGGACUGAAGCCACAGUCUAGAGAGCAGGAUGAGUAUAUGAGAGACUGGACAGCACACAGUGAGGAAAUAGCCAGGAUUAGCCAAGACUUGGCCAAAGACUUAGCCAUGCUUGCAAGAGAGAUUCACGAUGUCGCUGGAGAGAUUGACACAGUCAGCCCAGCAGCCACUGACCCUGGAGUCUUGUUGGAGGGUCAUGGCUGUGAUGACAGCUUGGACAAAGGAGGUCCCUCCACAGAUCAUAACAACAGCCUGGAAAAUAAUGGGAUGUCAGUUGAACUGAGACCGAGGUCUUCUAGUUCACAGGCAUCUCGCUCCAUUCGUCGACAGACAUGGAACAGAGAUGAAGCAAUGCUAGAAAGUUUACUUCUACCAUCUGUGAAUCAACUCUCAACCAGGAUACGUCAAUCAGUCGACAAAACAGCCAGCAAGAUCAGGGUACUUUUCAAAGAUAAAGACAGGAAGUGGGAAGAGAUUGAGAGCAAACUUCAGGCAGAGCAUGACUCCUUACUGCUGAAGAGUUCCAACAAGGAGAUUUCCACAAUCAUUCAAGACCUAAAACGAGUGGAAAGACAACUGCUUGUCAUUGAUAUGAUGGUGGACCCAGAUGGUACCCUUGAUGCCCUGACCAGCCUGGGCCUAACCAGCCCUUUGACUGACCAAAAGAGUGCAGAAUCGUCUUUUCCGUCUGGAGCAGAAGCUUCCUCCACGGUGCUCUCUGGAGGAGCCCGAAAUGAAACAGAGCAUUCACAGGUCGCAGAACAAUUCCCAGGAUCCCAACAGAUGUCUGGAUAACUACCAACCCUUUAAAGCAUCUGAUUAAUGCACUCUUUGUAUCGGAGAAUGCCCCCGUAAACCAACGUCCAUUUCAGAAUAAAGGACUGUGGGUAUUUUGAUUUUGAAAGAGGAAAAGUAAGUGAUCUGCCCGCUGAUUUGAGAACAGUAAAUAACCAAACAAAUUAAGUUUCCAAACCCAUAUGCAUCAUGACUUAACAAAGUAUCAACUCAUCUUUUUGCACUAUGUUGUUAUUACCCAAAGUCUUGUAUGUAUGUGGUUACUAAACAUGUCUGCAAUGUAAAUACAUUACUAAUGUAACAUAGAGCAAAUGCAAAAUCUGCUAAUUGUAAAUACAUUAUAAAAAUGUUGGCAAGGUC